GACACCGUGCGUGUAACCACGUCUAUGCGACAACAAGGUUGCCAUAUAUCGUACUUUCUCUGCUCUUGACUCUAUUGCUGCACGCUAUGAAUUCCUUAUAUACCCUAGGAGUACGCCAGACAAAUUCAAUACAAGCCGAUCUUGAGAAAUUACGCAAUGGAGACUCGUCUGCAUCUCUACUAGGACAGGUCUCGGCGUCAUUGGCUGCCAUGAGUCGUACAAUCGAUGACUAUGACUCUAUGGCAAAGCGCGAAAUCAUCAAAGCGAAGCAGGAGAAGGCAAUGAUGCGAGUAUCCAAGUUCAGGGCCGACUAUACAGAGCUACGGUCACAAUUUGAACGAAUGAAGAACGAAUCAGAAGCAGCAGCACGAAACGAAUUGCUAUCUGGCGCGUCUUCGUCAACUGGUCCCCUUUCCCCAGCCGCUGGUGAUGCUCGGCGACGCUUUCUAGGGGCGCAACCGCCAAAUGGGUCCCCGUCCGACGUAUCAGAGUCACCGUUCCGCGGACCGACACCAUUACCCACGUCCGACAUGCGAGAACAGCAUGCGUUACGGGAACACAGUUUUAUUCAGAACACAGAGGCGCGCCUGGAGGACUUUAUCUCGCAAGGACGGGCAGUUUUGGAUGAUCUCGUGGAUCAACGGACGGUGCUGAAAGGAACUCAGCGGAGACUACUAGAUGCAGCCAACACUCUAGGUUUGAGCAGGGAUGUAAUAGGCUGGAUUGAGCGGAGAAGCACACAGGAUAUGUAUAUAUUCUUGGCUGGCGCCAUCUUCACUUUCUUCUGUUUCUAUCUGAUAUGGCAUUAUUUUGGGUAACUUGUCUCAUUUCGGUUCGUUCUUUACUUUAUUCUGGCGUCUAUAUCAUUCCUACUUUAUUCUAUCAUCCUCGUGACAUUGAGUUAUGCUGAUUGCUUCACUCAAACCAUGUUUCUGUGGUUUUGCCCACGGUUCGCAUGGCAAAUACAUCAUUCCACUGCUCACGAUGAAUGUGACAUACAGACUGCUACUGGAGGAGAAUAAAACCUCAUUUCCCUAGGACGUAUG